AUGUUUAAUUUAUGUUUUUCGUCUAAAAAUUCACGACAUUAUACAUAUUUUUCAUUUCAACGUUCAUCUUAUAUCUUUAAAGGAUUAUUAAGUACAAUUCCAGUUAUUGCUUUUGGGCUGGGAACCUGGCAGUAUUAUCGUCUUCAAUGGAAACGUAAUCUUAUACGAAAUUUUGAAGAAAGAUUAUCUAAUGAACCUAUAAGGUUAACUAAAGAUACUAAUUUUUUUAAUUUGCAUAAACUUGAAUAUCAAAAGGUUUUAAUAACUGGAAGAUUUAAACAUGAUGAAGAAAUGCUUGUGGGGCCUUUAUUAUUUGAGGGGAAAAAUGGAUAUCAUGUUAUUACUCCUAUGGAAAUAAGUGAUGGUUGUAAUUGUUUAAUUAAUCGUGGUUGGAUUCCAUCUGAUAUGGCUGACCCAUCAAAAAGAACAGAAGGGCUGUCUAAUGAAGAGGUUACAAUUCAAGGUUUAAUACGUUUACCACCAAGAAAUAAUCUAUUUACACCUACUAAUAAACCUGAAUUAAAAAAAUAUUACCACGUUGAUAUUAAACAAAUGUCUGAAUUGACACAUUCACAGCCUAUAUAUAUAGAACAAUUGCUAGAAAAUGACCCCAUUAUGGCUGCUUUUUUAGUAACUAAAGGCAAACCUAUUGGUAAAACUGCUCGAUUACAGAUACGCAACAAUCAUUUAGAAUAUAUGUUUACAUGGUAUGCUUUAUCUUUUACAACAUCAAUCAUGCUAUAUUUUAUAUUAAGAACUCCAUUAUCACCAAUUACUAGAAGAAUACGUCAUGCAAAAAGACUUUCUUAG